AUGGCCACCAAGGACGACAAACCGGCCAUCUCCGCAGACCACGCGAGAAAACGAGGCAAUGAACUAUACCUACAAGCAGGGCUCAUAGCCGAGAUCGAGUACAAAAAGGCUGCCGUUCUCGCGCCGGGCGAAGCAGCGCCCGUCUCAAACCUGUCCAGUGUCAAGUUUGAACAGGGCCAAUACGGCAUGGCCAUCGAAUACUUGCUCAAUGCCUUGAAUCUGAUCAAGAACGGCGGAUCCGACGAUGUCGCUGCCCGCAAGAAGCAGACGCUCUAUGAGCGGCUGCUGAAAUGCUACAUGCACGAAUCACGGUUCGAUGACGCCCGUAAGAUCAUUGACGAGAUACGGGACGAGAAGACCAAGAAUUCCGCCUGCCGAAGCUUAGAUGUUCUUGUUGACUGGACACUGUCCUCUGAAAGCCUGGCAAGCCAUCGACAGUUGGUAUUCGACCGUAUACCUCGAUUUCAGACUCCCUUAGAUGACAUACCAGAAUACUACGCUGUCGGACACGACAUAUCAGAACCGCUGUGGGGCGAUGCCUUGGCCAAUGCUUGUUCGCCCGAUGACACUGUAUCCUCAAUGUUUUGCGGCAGUGGUGACGCUCGCCACGUCUUCAUAACGCUUCUCGCGAUGGCGUCCAAGGAGAUAAAGACACGAAAGGAUGUUCCAUGGAUUGAGGAUUUGCCAAUUAUCAUGGCAUACAUCUUCGCGGGAUCUGUCGUCCCUGCUGCUGUCAUCGAGAAGGUCCAGGACCACAUCGAAGCGCUACUUCCCGCCAUGGAGACGGACGAGGAGCUGUUUGACUGGCUGUAUGUGCCGGCAUCUACUCGAAAAAAGGUUGCACAUGUCUUGAGACAAUGGCAGAAACCACUGGACGCCAGCUACUACCGCGUGCCAGCUGUCAGACACGCAGUCAAGAACAGACUUCGGAGGGAGAAACUCAAGGCGAGGAUGGUGUUUGGAAAUCUCAUACCUAUGUCUGACGAUGAGACCCCAGAACGCUACAAAAACGACCGCAAAUGCUUUGACGAGCUGUGCCUCGUGCUUCCAUCCACCGACUUCGCCGAGCGUCGCGACCCUCCGCUCGUUGCGCUCAUGCAGGAAUACAACGCGGGCUCGAAAGACGCGGCAAAGCGGCUUUCCGAUCAUAUAGAUGCAUCCUGGGUUACCAACUGGACGUUGAUCGACUUUGAUCAUAUCGAAUCCUCGGUCAGAACGGAAGAGCUGUACCAAAGCCGUAUGACACCGGGACAAUUGUGGGCAAUGGGUCGGGGUACUGAAGACGACAAGGUUCCCGGUAUUCAGGGCGACCCGAUCCAGCUAGCCAAGAUGCUCGCACCUGGCCACGGACUCGGAGAGGGAGGAGUACUUGCUACGAUUGGAGAGAUCCUCUCGUUUGUUGGCCUCUCCAUACAGAAGCUCCACCCACGGCUGACGAUAGAGGCUAUGGCGGCGGAGAUGAGUGAUACGCUGGAACGGCUUCGUUGGAACUGCCUCAAUAGCCGGUCGCAGCCAUCGGGAGGCAUUGAUCCUUCUGGAUUCCCUCGCACAUAUGACCGAAUCCAUAUGAGCAACAUCCCUGAUUAUGUAGGAGGACUGUUCACGGUGGCCAUGUACGGUCGUCCACGGCUACGCGAAGACAGGCCGUCGAGACUCAAGUUCAACAAUCUCCUCAACCCGCCCAUGUUCGAAUCUCACGAUCACUUCCAAGCCGAAUAUCUCCUGAUGUACAAAAAUGAGCAGAUUGCUGAUCGUUUCUCCAUGAUUCGGAGAAACACGGAUCCAGUGGAUCUUUUGGACAAAGAGCCUUUCAUGUUGGAAGGCUAUUGGGAGUGGGAGGGACUUCCAGCUCGAAAACUUUCACACGGCAAGGGCAUGAUGUCCAGGCAAGCCCUCGAGAAGUGGUUGUUUGGCUUCUUUCUCAAGAUCUGCCUUCCGUUCCCUCGUGAGAAGUUCACCGACCGGCCAGUCUACUCGCCUCUCAAUUUGACUGCCUUUCUACGUUUGGUCUCCCACUUGGCCGAGAUUGGCUAUCCCGCUCACUGGCUGGCUGGAAUUCUCUCAUCCAUUUGCGAGGGGACCAUUACAACGUCUGCUCGUCCUCCCAGUGAUGAGGUAACCCACCCAAGGGACAUCGAUGGCAACUCUGAACCUAUGCAGGAGUUGACAGUUGUCCCUUGGACGGCUCAGUUCACGACGCUCCUCAGUAUAUGGAGUCAGCUGAUGCCAUUUGGGCUGAUUACUUCGCCGGGGAAGCUUGUAUCUCCCACGGAUAUCGCCGAGUUCACCGUUGAUUUCCCGCCCUUCAUAGACACCUAUCUUCGCACCCCGCACUUUGUACUUGUUUUCUUGAGCGAUGAUGUUGCACCCGGCCUUCCGAGCGGGGAUCUAUGGUACUUUCUUCGACACGAUGAAGGGAUGGCGGGCUGGGAGGUUCUGCUCUUGGACGAGUGCGUCCAUGUCUUCAACACAAUCAAGUUCGCUUCGGCCACUCGAACCGCAUCGUUCUGGUGCAGAACCGACUUCAUGCAAAAGAUCAAGGAUGAAGGGGGUUGGGAAGUGGCCAUCUGGCGAGUGGAUACAGGGGAGAAAGUCACAAAGGGCGUCAAAGUGAGGGAGGGGGUAACCAUGAAGGGACUUUGGGGCCAGCCCUGA